CUAAACCCUUCACUUCCAAAGUGAAGCAGAUGCGCCUGCACAAGGAAGACUUUGAGAUCCUCAAGGUGAUUGGACGAGGAGCCUUCGGAGAGGUUGCAGUUGUAAAAGUGAGAAACACUGACAAGGUAUUCGCCAUGAAGAUCCUCAACAAGUGGGAGAUGCUGAAGCGAGCCGAGACGGCGUGUUUCCGGGAGGAGCGGGACGUGUUGGUGAAUGGGAACUGCCAGUGGAUCACCACCCUGCACUACGCCUUCCAGGACGACAAUAAUCUGUACCUGGUCAUGGACUACUAUGUGGGUGGUGACCUGCUGACUCUGCUCAGUAAGUUUGAGGACCGGCUGCCGGAGGAGAUGGCUAAGUUCUACCUGGCUGAAAUGGUGCUGGCCAUCGACUCUGUUCACCAGCUACACUACGUCCACAGGGACAUAAAGCCCGACAACAUCCUGCUGGAUAUGAACGGCCACAUCCGCCUGGCAGACUUCGGCUCCUGCCUCAAACUCAUGGAGGACGGGACGGUCCAGUCCUCCGUGGCGGUGGGGACUCCAGACUACAUCUCCCCAGAAAUCCUUCAGGCUAUGGAGGAUGGGAAGGGCAAGUACGGGCCUGAGUGCGACUGGUGGUCCCUGGGCGUCUGCAUGUAUGAAAUGCUGUACGGCGAGACUCCGUUCUAUGCAGAGUCCCUGGUGGAAACCUACGGGAAGAUCAUGAACCACAAGGAGCGCUUCCAGUUCCCGCAGCAGAUCACAGACGUGUCAGAGGAUGCGAAGGACCUGAUUCGCCGGCUCAUUUGCAGCCGAGAGCACCGAUUGGGCCAGAACGGCAUCGAAGACUUCCAGCACCACCCCUUCUUUGUUGGCAUUAUCUGGGAGAACAUUCUCACAUGUGAGGCUCCCUACAUCCCAGAAGUCAGCAGUCCUACAGAUACCUCCAACUUUGAUGUGGAUGAUGACUGCCUAAAGAACUCGGAGACCAUGCCUCCGCCCUCUCACACUGCCUUCUCCGGCCACCACCUGCCAUUUGUGGGCUUCACCUACACCAGUAAAUGUUCCCUAUCAGACCGUGCCUCCCUGCGGCAGCUGGUGGGGGAUCCGGGUAAGCCGGGAGAGGACCAGCUGGACCUGGUUGUCCAGCGAGGCCUGGAGGACAGCCUGGCCACAGAGGCCUACGAGAGGAGGAUCCGCCGCCUGGAGCAGGAGAAGUUAGAGCUGAGCCGCAAACUGCAAGAGUCGACUCAGACGGUGCAGGCCCUUCAGCAUCCAUCAGGCGAGGGCCCUGUUGGGCCCAACAGGGAGGGGGAGAUCAGGAGUCUGAAGAGCGAGAUCGACAUCCUCAAGAAGCAGAUCGCUG